AUGACUUCAACAGAGAACCCUUUCCCACUGGCAUCGGAGAGCUACCAUGACAGCGCCCCAAGUACCGACUCUGGCAGCGAAGCUGGUGCUGCUGGUGACAGCUCAGGCAACUCCGUUUCCAUCUCCCAAGGCGGCAUGAUUGCUAUUAUCGUUGUUGUUGUCGUCGUCAGUAUCAUUGGCAUUUCCACAGCUGUCCUGUUCUUCCUUGCAAAGAGACGCGAAUGGACAGUCAGAGAGACACUCAGGAAGUCUGCCCGCAAAGUUGUUACCGCCCUCACUCCUCGAAGAGCAGAGUUCCCAUCUUCGGUUAAGGAUGGGCCUGUUCCAUCUCACCGGAAUCGCACACGUAUUGAUGAUGAUGUCCCACCAACACCUAGAAUUCGACCUGAAGAUCUUGAGAAAGGCUUAGCUCAAGCCAAAGCAAAGCGCAAGGAGAAGAAGUGGUCCAGGAAGUGA